AUGGCCGAGAAAUCAAAAGUGCAAAAGGCAUUUUGUAAUUUUGCUCACGUUUCGUGUAAUUAAAACUUAAGACAGCGGCUCUGGGGCCACAACUACUGGGACUCGGAUUGGAAAUGGAACGGCGGCAGACAAAUCAAAAAGUUACUCAAGAUUUUCCCCUCAGCAUCCAAUUUUCUCCCUCUCUUUUUUUGUUUUUGUUUUAUUCUUCAAUUUUUAAUUUCAUUUCGCCGUGAAAAGUUCUUAACCCAAGAUAUGGCCGCACAUAAAUCAGUCAGAAACUCCGCCAUCCGCUUGCUGGCGGUGCAAAUGCGCAAAUUGGCGGACAGACGGACAAACGGAAAGAGGGACACAAGGUCAGGAUGUGGCAAAAGUUGGCCAUCUAGAAUGGGUUAAGUCAAUUCAAAAGUUGCAAUUCAAUUUCUCAAAUAGUUAAAAUUUCGGGAUCCGGAUCGGGAUAUACAUAUGUAUAUUUUUAUACUUAGACUGGGAAAACGAGUGAUACACCGAGAGAAAUAGAUUUGGAAGCUAAGGCUCCGACUCAACAUAGCAAUAAAGCCAAGCUAAUAACCAAGCAAUAAAGCUGGCCAAUACCUUUUAUGUAAAAAGGCAAAGAAACAAGAAAUAAUGGAGCUCAGCGACAUUCGUUUGCGAAACCUCUUCCAUUACGACCCGGAGAGCAAAAAGUUGUCACCGAUUUCCGCCAUUAAAUACUUUCGAAUGCCAGAGGACAGGGAGUAUCCCUUGCAUCUGGACAAAAACUACGAAACCUAUGUCCAUCGAAACCAAGAAUAUCCCGGUCUCCUCGACAUGAUGCAGUACUACUCUGGGCACGUCGAUAAAUCGGCGUUUACUAGACACAACUUUGACGUCUUUUGCUGCCGCGGUGUACUAAGAAACCUAACUGAGGCCGAGCCUUUAAGCUCGUUUAGCAUCGAUUUAUCGUUGGAGGCCUUCAGGCAUAAUGGGUGUAUCUUUCUAAAGUUGCAUAGGAAAGAAGAGGAAGCUAACGCUCGUAAUUCCUACAAAUUUAAGGCACGCCAGUACCUAUUUAGUGAUGCGCCAGGAAAACUUCCCGAUACGGAUGCCUCAUUAGAUGAGAGGGACCAGAUGUAUGGAAUGUUCUCCGCUCAAUUGGGGCAAUUCCGAUUACUCUACUCGUCCGAGGUUGUGGGGGUUACAAACACCGAAAAGCUCGGGGAUCUCACUGAACCCGAGGAGCUAGAGAAGUGCUCUUUGACCACCGUAAGGGUCGUUAAAAGUUAUGUGAAAUGGCGAACCUCUUUUCGCUGUGCUUCUUGGGUCCUUCAGGCCUACCUUUGUGGAGCCAGUCAGUUGGCUGUAGCCAAAUUCGAUGAAAAUGGAUGUGUGUCCGAAAGGAUUGAGGUCGAGGCCGUUGGGGACUUUCUCAAGUCUAAUCUGAGCCAUUACCAGACCGGCUUCAAACAACUGAAUGGCUUUUUAGAGCAGAUCAGACAGAAAUUGGACGAGAUCGACAAUCCGAAUGUGGGACUAAAGUUUACUCUCGUCGGAAAUGUAUUAAUUUUCGAUGAGGCUUUUAAAAGUGAUUUCCUUGAAAAAGCCAACAUUAACUUUUAAAGUAUUAUUUUAUCGAGUUAAGAAAUAAACGCCAAUAUAUUUUUUCGUA